UACUGCACUUUUAGCUGAGACGUACUUUCAGGUGGGUGUUCCCGCUUACUUCGGGUCAUUCGGUGAUCUCAUCUUUCCGUCUGUCCUGCCUCAGUUUGUCACCGGGCUCGUCGAAGCUGACAGGACACUGUUCAUCCUGUUUCCAGUGCUGGAGACCAGGUGGGAUUACCUGCACUCAGGGAAUGCAUUAAGUAGCUGAAAGGUGAGGCAAGUCGACAUCCAUGGAGAACAAUUUCACUUUUGAGGAGGGCAGCGACAUGUCAUAUGAAGACAAUGACCCAGCCUCCCCUUCUCCUGUAAAACUGACGCCACAAGGCCAGAAUGACAACUUCGAUGUCGAAGAGAAAGCUGAGGAAAAAGAGGAAGAGGCAGAUGCUCCUCCUGAAGGCAUCGUUGUUCCCAGUAUUCCAGAUGCUUUUCUGAAUGUGAACACCAACGCCACCACCAGGGGGGAUGCUCAGGCCUAUGUGGAGUUAAAUGAGCUCCAGGGCAACAUCUGGCAGGAGACCAGCCGAUGGGUGGGCUUUGAGGAGAACCUUGACCCCAACACAAGACAGUGGGGUCCGUCGCACGUCUCCUACCUCACCUUUAAGAGCUUGCUUCAAGUCCGGAGGGCGAUUAGCAGAGGAGCCAUCAUCUUCGACAUGAAUGCCAGCAACCUGUCCGCUGUGGCUGAGAAAAUAGUGGACGAACUGCUCGGCAAAAAUGAGAUCCGCCCCAGCGAUCGAGACUCCCUGCUGAGAGCUCUCCUUCUGAGACGCAGUCAGAACGACGGACCCGUCGUUACUCCGGCUGGAGACAUUCAAAUGCAAACCUUUUCUGUCGUCAAGAAGAGAGACGGAUCUGACAAUAUAGAGGCAUCAGUUGUCCUCACAGGUGUACUCGACCUCCUGCAGAAACCGGUGAUGGCUUUCGUCAGGCUGAGUGACACUGUGGUGAUGGAGUCCGUCCUGGAGUCUUCGGUUCCCGUCCGUUUCAUCCUCAUGAUGGUCGGCCCAAGCCAGAGCGACGUGAACUACACCCAAACUGGGCGCGCCAUGGGGGCUCUGAUGGCUGACUGGGUGUUCAGUCUAGAAGCUCACCUCGCCCAGACGGAGAAAGAUCUAACCGACGCGAUCGCUGACUUCAUGGACUGCAGCAUCGUGAUCCCUCCCACUGAGAUCCAGGAAAAGACAAUGCUGGAGUCCAUAGUUGACUUCCAGAAGAAGAUGCUACGUGACAGACUCCGUCCUUCUGACACCCGCCUUGCCUUUGGAGACAGGGUAGCAGCUUUACAUGCGGCUCCUGAAGGGCCAAAGGAGGACCCUCUGGCCCGUACAGGCUAUCCUUUUGGUGGAAUGGUGAAGGACAUCAAGCGCCGAUACCGCCACUACCUCAGCGACUACACAGACGCCCUGAACCCUCAAGUACUCGCCGCCAUCAUCUUCAUCUACUUCGCUGCCCUGUCACCCGCCAUCACCUUCGGGGGGCUUUUAGCGGACAAAACUGAGAAAAUGAUGGGCGUCUCGGAGCUCAUGGUUUCCACUUGCGUCCAGGGUGUCAUCUUCUGCCUCAUCGCCGCCCAGCCUGUUCUCGUCAUUGGAUUUUCGGGACCUCUCCUCCUGUUUGAGGAAGCUUUUUUUGCCUUCUGCAAAGCCCAGGGCAUCGAGUACAUCGUGGGUCGCAUCUGGGUGGGUAUGUGGCUGAUAGUGAUCGUGAUCGUGGUUGUGGCGGUGGAAGGCAGCUUCCUGGUCCGAUACAUUUCACGCUUCACCCAAGAAAUCUUCUCCAUCCUCAUUUCACUCAUCUUCAUCUACGAGACCUUCUCCAAACUCAUCAAGAUCUUCCAAACCCAUCCUUUGAUCCUGAACUAUGACCAUGUCAAUGACUCCCUGGAUGAUCCCUUCCACCCAAUCAUCGUGUUGCACGAAAUAGUUGUAGAAGGCAAUGUAACCAGACAUGAGAAGGAGAUUGAAAGGCCAUACCCCAACACUGCCCUGCUGUCUAUGUGCCUGAUGUUUGGCUGCUUCUCCAUUGCCUACUUCCUCCGUUCAUUCAAAAAUGGUACCUACUUCCCUGGCUGGCUUCGUCGCUUGAUUGGCGAUUUUGGAGUCCCGAUUGCCAUCUUCUUCAUGAUCGCAGUGGAUAUCAGCAUUGAGGAUGCUUACACUCAGAAACUGGUUGUGCCUAAAGGUGUUGAAGUGACCAACCCCAAAGCCAGAGGCUGGUUUAUUAACCCCAUGGGAGAAAAAAAGGAUUUCCCUAUUUGGAUGAUGGGCGCCUGCUGUGUUCCUGGUCUGCUCGUCUUUAUCCUCAUUUUCAUGGAGUCCCAGAUUACAACGCUGAUUGUGAGCAAACCUGAGAGAAAGAUGGUAAAAGGCUCUGGAUUUCAUUUUGACCUGCUCCUCCUGGUCACCAUGGGGGGCAUUUCCUCCCUCUUUGGGGUCCCCUGGCUGAGCGCCGCCACUGUGCGCUCCGUCACCCACGCCAACGCUCUAACCGUCAUGUCUAAGGGGCCCAAACCGGUGAUCGAGAAGGUGAUAGAGCAGAGGAUCAGCGGUAUAGCCGUGGCCAUGAUGGUUGGAGUCUCAAUUUUCAUGGAACCGAUCCUGAAGAUGAUCCCGAUGACAGCCUUGUUUGGCAUCUUCCUGUAUAUGGGUAUCACCUCUCUAAGUGGGGUCCAGAUGUGGGACAGGAUGCUUCUCCUCAUUACACCCAAGAAAUACCAUCCAUCUGACGCCUAUGCCACAAGGGUGAAAACUAUGCGGAUGCAUAUCUUCACUCUGAUCCAGAUUUUGUGUUUGGCCAUCCUUUGGUUGGUCAAGCAGAGCCCGUUCUCUCUGUCACUGCCCUUCUUUCUGAUUCUCACCGUCCCACUGCGGAUGUUCAUGACCGGCCGGUUCUUCACUACCACAGAGAUGAAAUGCCUGGAUGCAGACGACGCUAAAGUGAAAUUUGAUGAUGAAGACAUGGAGGAAGGCUUGGUGCAAGCACCGAUAUAAGGAAAAUCACAAUUGUAAUUAAAAAACUGUUGUCAUUUUUAUCUUUAAAAUGUUACUUUUCAUAUCCAGCAUUCAUGCAAAAUUUCUGUAGAUGAACCAGGAUUUAUUUUACUAUUACAGGCAAAGGCUUACAGAGAAAACAGUAUUUUGAUCCAAGACAUUAAAAAAACAAAAGGAGGCACUUUUCCCUAUAAAUACAUUUAUCCUACUUUUUUUCCUCCCAGCACAUAUUCAACAUGUGGAUUAUAACUGCUCAAAAUGUUUUUCAUUUGCCUUUGUUCCAACAUUGUAUUUCCUUGCUCAAGCUAAGUUAUUCUACAGAGUUUUUCUUUAUAUCCUCACAAAUAGAAAUUUGUGAGAUGCUUUCACCGAUGCCUUUUCCCCAUAGCCUAGAGUAUGUUUCUGAAAUAUAUUUAAAGUUGUUUUUCUUAAGUUUGCUCCAUUAUUUCUUGUGUGUCACUUAUUAUGUCAUAGUAAUUUCUUUCUCUGUUUUGAAAUGUCUAUAAAUAAGAUGUGUGAGUUGCCUAAAUCAGAUUUUAAAGUGUAAUAAAUAAUAAAAAAAGGACAAUUAAUGAAUCAAAAUCAACAAACCGUAAACAGAAGCAAACGAUGAAAUGUCAUUUUAGUUGUUGGAACAUAACAUCAGACAAUUAUACCUGUAAAUGACCUGAAAUGCAUUUUGUGUUAUCAAAUGUGUGUGCUGUACAUGGCUUUGGAUUAUUUUAUUACAAAUAAAAAUCAGUAUUUAAAAUA